AAGAAAUGGCUACGAAGAGAUUUCAAAAAUGUUGUUAGAUGCAGGAGUAGUGGUUAAUGCUCGUGACCUUGAAGGAAAGACACCUCUACAUUACGCAGUGGUUAGUAAUCCUCAACUAGCCAAGUUGCUCGUUGAAGAGGGUGCGGACAUGUUUAUACGUGACGCACAAGGAGAUACUGGUCUCGCACUGUCUCGAAAGACUGGCCAACCUCUUAAGAGUCUAACGAACUUAGAAACAGAAAUUCUUGACUUUACAGAGGCAACGAAAGAUGAGCUCGCAGCGCAAUCAGGUCCAAUUUGUCCAUCAAAGUGUUUUGCCGAUGGGCCAGGUUUGAAAGGAGGAUAUGUGAAUACAAGGUACAGCUUUAGUGUGUUUACUUGUGACGAGAACGGAAAGUUGCAAACUGCCGGAGGAGCCCCGUUGGUCAUUCAAAUCAUUCUAGCUGACACCAAGUCAAACAUCACUGCCACACCUGGCCAAACAGAGAACAGACGUCUGAUAAUAGCAGAUAACAUGGAUGGAACGUAUUCUGUCGCCUUCGAAUUAGCAAACGUUGGUUCACACCAAUUUCACAUCCUAAUUGGGGAAAAGCCAGUUCGUGGAUCUCCAUGUGCUGUGCCUCUGCAACAAUUCGUUGCUCCUGCGCCACCUGUUAUCAGUGCCACAAACUAUAAACCUGCAGAUUAUGCAGAUGACAAAAUCCAGUUUGCAAAAAAUGAAGGAAUCGGGCAAGUUGACAUUGCAAUUGUUUGCGACACCACUUCAAGCAUGGGACCUGAAAUCAAGACUGCCCAGAAGUUAAUGCAAGAUCUCAUAGACUCCAUCAAUGAUGAGCCUCUUUGCAGCGACUUGAGAUUGUCUAUUAUUGCUUUCAGAGAUCAUCCACCAGAGGAGACUACAUACGUGACUCAAGUUUGGCCGUUGACGUCAAACAUUGGCACUGUUAAGAGAGCUGUCAAUAGUCUUAGAGCCAAAGGAGGUGGCGACCCACCAGAAGCCGUCGCAGACGCGCUAAAAGAAGUCGUCGAUCUCAACUGGGACGAAGCCCAACGGCCGCACGCCGUUCGAAUGGUUGUAUUGAUUGGAGACGCUCCACCGCAUGGUAUGAUCGGUAUAAAAUGCCCAGACAAUUUCCCGAAAGGUUGCCCGGUUGGUCACGAUUGGCUUAUCUUAGCAGAACAGUGUCGCUCUAAGAAGAUCAACAUUUACACGGUUUUGUGCCGAAAUUACGCCAGAACUGCACAAGCCUUCAACGCAAUAUCAGUAUCUUCGGGCGGACAAUGCUUUCAAAUCCGAUCUGAAAGCGACAACGCUGAAAUCAUCAAUUUGACAAAACUGCACGUUCAUGUUUUGUUGGACCAUCAGCUCACGACCAGUACAGUGUCAGACGUUAUUAUCAAAAAUCCAUUGGCGGAAAGCACGUUUGAGGGACGUCUUGAACGCGUCAAAGAGGAACUGUCUUCUAUAGGCUUUACUGUCCGACGAUUGCAAACUGCGGAAGGUGUAGCCACUAUUGAAAUCAGGUCAGUCAUCGAGGAGGACGUUCACAAGGCGCUAGAAGACCUCAAAUCAUGUGAGCGCCUUGCCAACACCAAACGAGAUCGAGCCCUGAUGGAUCACAUGGGAAAGAAGCUCUACGCUCUGCGAAAAAUUCAAGGAAGUUUUUUUCUACUUAGAACGAGACAAAUCUGACACUAUUACACUAACAUUUAUGCUGACGUAUUACCUUGUUUGUAUCUUUAUAUGUUUAUUGUUGUUACUGUUACUGUUAUUGUUAUUGUUAUUGUUACUGUUGUCAUAAAUAUGCGUGGUGCAUAGCUAUAGAGUAUGUAA